GUCUAGUUUAAAAUAAAACAAACCCGAACUCUCCAGCUUGAAGUAUAUUAAAAAAUCUUGGGACGCCGUUCAGGGUCCUUUUUGGACUUUGAUCUCUGGAAAACUCCUAAACCGUAAGACUUGAAGACAAAAAACUUUUUUCAUUCCAGUAACUCAUUGUGCCGAACAUUUAUGGAAAGUUUCGUCAAGAUCGGAUGCACGGUGUAGGAGAUAAUUUCUGAGGGGCGGGGCCCUUAAUAUCCAUUUAAUGAUGAUCAAAGUGUCUAUGCUUAUUUGAUUAAUAUAUUUGCUUUUAUUUAGUUCAAAAAAAUUAGUAUUUAUGUUGAAACUGUUAGUUUAAGUAUAUCAAUGAUAUCGUUGACAAUUGCACUAUUGUGUAUGUUAAAUGUGAGGUAUAUUGUUCGACUCUAUUUACUUUGUUUUCAAAUACCGUUACAUUUUUCACAUACGAAUAAAAGAUUGACUAAUAAAUCAUUUAGACGCUUGCACGUCCCACGAAAUAUUUUACACAUGAAUUUAUUUGUUGCAUUUAUUCUACGUUGUAUUAUCAAACUUAUCUUCAUUCAUUUAAUUAUCGGCGGUUACACUUACCCAAUGGUGACAUAUAUAACGGAUAAAUGCGGAAAUAUUGAAGUACAAACAAAAUCAACAAAGUUUGGUCAUGUAUUUGGUUGUCGUUUAUUAGCCUCGCUCUACUGGUACACGGAUGCUAUUUCAAAUACAUUUGUAUUUUGUGAAGCAAUGUUUUUGUUCACGGCAUUAACAAUUCAUGUAUUUCGAGAAAGUCGUGGUAUUGUUCCCUAUGUCCUAUACGGAUGGUUAAGUCCCAUCAUUUGGGUAGCCUGUUGGACAAUCUCACAUUGGUUUGCCGAUAGACGUCGACAUCGAACUACUUGUUGGUUAGAAUAUGAUCAAACGGCUGUAUACUAUUACUUCUUUUGGGUUCCAUAUGUCUUUUAUAUGUUGUUGAAUUUUGCUGUGUUCUUAUUUCUUGUACGUUUAUUAUACUCAAAAUAUCAAUCAAACACUAUGCAAACAAAUAGAUCAGGGAAUAGACAUCUUAUCAAAUCCAUUCUCAUUUUAAUUCCAUUAUUCGGUCUUCAUUCAAUAUUUGUUAUGUGGAUAUUUUAUAGACACGAUAAAGGUUAUACAAUUUGGACUUAUAUAGCCAUCAUGUUUAAAGCUGUUUUUGGUGAUCUACAGGGAUUUUUUACAUCAUUGAUUUAUUUUUAUUUCAAUACGGAAAUUCGUCAAGAAGUGCUAAGACAACUUCAACGAACAACAUGGAUAUCCAGUACAGAUAACGUGAGACGAAGUUCAGGAGAAACAUUUUCAACACGUUUGUCAACAUUUCGAAUGUCUUUUACUCGACGUCAUCGUGCUAGUUCUAAAGAUAAAGGAGCGAAGAAAGAACUCAAAGUGAAUUAUCAACAUCCAGAGUUAGAACAACGACAUCCGGAGCCCACGGUCUCUCAUCCUCUUCGACGACGUUCGUGGUUAGAAAAACUGAAUAUAUUUUGUAAUUGUCCAUCGAGAGAGCCAACAUCACGAAACGAUCAACCAAAAUUAGAACAUCAACAACAACAUGGACCAGAACAUGAUGAUCUGGUUGUACCGUUACUCACUAAUCAACAAAUUGGAAUUGAGCCAGAUGUACAAACAUGUGAUACAUUAAUGAGAUUAGAUGAUGAUAUAACGAGACAAGAAACGAAUGAUGAUGAUGUUACAAUGGAAUAUGAAACAACAACAGAUGAAAAUGUACAAUCUUCACAACAGCAAUCGUCGCAUCCAUCAUUCAUAAGAGAUAAAUCAAAUAGUGAUAGUUAUAUUGCGUCUUCAAAUGAACCAGAAAUAAAACAUCCUCUGAAACGUAUGAGUGAUACAAAAUCAUUGCAGUAA